GUUCAGGAUGUAAAAUUAUUAAUUGAAGACAUUGGGGAGCUAAAACCAACUAUUUUCUGUGUUGUUCCACAUGUGCUGGAUUCGAUCUAUACAGGUCUGACAGAGAAGAUUUCUUCAGGAGGUUUCUUGAAGCAUACAUUGUUUAACAUCGCAUACGCAUACAAACAACAUAACAUGCGGAAGGGAUCUAAACAUGUAGAGGCAGCACUACUUUUUGACAAAGUAGUUUUCAGCCAGGUAAAGAAAGGAUUAGGAGGAAAAGUACGACUUAUUUUAUCUGGAGCUGCUCCACUUGCAACACAUGUGGAAGCUUUUCUACGGGUGGUGGCAUGUGCUCAUGUUCUACAAGGCUAUGGUCUGACGGAAACUUGUGCGGGGACAUUUGUCUCACUACCAAAUGAACUAUCAAUGCCAAAUGUAGAUGUGUGCCUGGAGUCUGUUCUUGAAAUGGUAUAUGAUGCCAAUUCAAGCACUCCACGUGGAGAGAUUUGUGUAAGGGGAAAUACCCUGUUCUUAGGAUACUUUAAACGAGAAGACCUCACGAAAGAAGUCAUGGUCGGUGGAUGGUUCCACACAAGGGAUGUCCGCGAGUGGCAGCCAAAUGGAAGUAUGAAAAUCAUUGACAGGAAAAGGAACAUUUUCAAGCUUUCACAAGGAGAAUAUGUUGCGGUUGAAAAUCUGGAGAACAUCUAUGGACCAUUUUAAAGGCAAACAUUAAAUUGCUCAAUUUGUAAAAUAGUACUUGUCCGGCAUUGAAUUGAAUAGGGAGAUGGGCCCAAAAGUGUCUCCAAACGUGCCUCAGCUCUCAUUCUUUCAUUUUUUUUUAACUUGAUUUUUGG